AUGGCCGAAGAACUGAGAUUUGACAACAAAGUAGUUGUAGUCACCGGUGCAGGUCAAGGACUUGGCAAAGCUUACGCCCUGGAGUUCGCCAGAAGAGGUGCAAAAGUCGUAGUAAACGAUCAUGGUGUCACUACAAGUGGAGAAGGCACAUCUCACGAACUCGCCGACCAAGUUGUCCAAGAAAUCACUAAUGCUGGAGGAAUUGCAGUUGCUAAUUAUAAUAACGUCAUCAACGAAGGCGACAAAAUCAUUCAAACAGCCAUUGCAAGUUUCGGAAGAAUUGACGUAGUAGUCAACAACGCUGGAAUCCUCAGAGAUCUCAGCAUGAUUAAAAUGACUAAGGCUGACUGGGAUGCCGUCUUAGCAGCUCAUUGCAGAGGCGCUUUUUCAGUUGUCAGGGCUGCAUGGACUUAUAUGAGAAAACAAAAGUAUGGAAGAAUCAUCAACACUUCUAGUGGCACUGGACUUUAUGGGAACUUCGGCCAAGCAAACUAUGGGACUGCUAAACUUGGACUUCAUGGCUUUACGAAAACAUUGGCAAUUGAAGGGGAUAAAUACAAUAUCAAAGUAAAUACAAUUGUCCCUGUUGGGGCGUCGAGAAUGACCAAAGGAAUUUUGCCUGAUGAAAUUUUAGUGUUGUUUUCUUCAGAAAAGGUCGCACAGUUAGGCUAGGUUAUUUAAAGUCAGGCCUUAGCUAUAAUUUUUGCAGCCCUGAAGCGGGAGAUUGGAAUAGCUUGAUCCCAAGGAUCAGAUCCUUGAGUCUGUAGGGUGCCAAAGUGCCUUCCUUCGACAGCAAUACGAAAAAGACUAAUCCCAUGUGGCCUGGGCCGAAACCCCCAGUUUCUCGGUAGAGGAAUGCCCAUGGGUCAUUGGAUCCUAACUCCCCCCCCCCCUCCGUGAGCGAACAAAACCAUUAGAAAAAUCGCCAUUUUUUGACCAAAAACCCACCCUCCGUGAGUGAAACAAAAUUUUUUUAAUAGAAAAAAAUUUUAAUGGAAAAAAAUUUUGAUAUAUAAGUGAUAAUUAGUAUAAUGAAAUCUAGAGCUAAUUCUGUUUAAUUUUAAACAAAUUGCGUUUUUAAAACAUAAAUUUUGCAAAUUAAAUUAAUAUUUGCUUCCCAAAUUUUUGCAAAUUAGGAUUUUUUUUAAAUUUCGAAAAAAAUAUUUUUUAUAAAAUUUAUAUAUAAAUUUUUUUUAAAAAAAAAAAAUUAACCCCCUCCGUGAGCGAACAAAAUUUUUUUGUUCGCUCACGGAGGGGGGGGGGGAGUAAGGAUGCUACCAGGCACCUUCACUUCCAACCACAGAAGGUAGCCAAAACCUACCCAGAUGCUCAUUGGCUGAGACUGCACUUUUUUCUGGAAUCAUGAUCCUCCCAGUUUGCCGUGGCCGUAAGGUCUGGACCAUUGCGCCAAUAGGGCAGGGUGGGACAUGCUGCCAUUUUAAUGUAUAUAAAGGUCACACAGUUAGUUGUAUAUUUGGCUCAUGAAAGCUGCACUACAACUGGGAAUAUUUAUGAUGUCCUGGGAGGAUGGGUUGCUGGACUCAGGCUGCAGAGGACUAAUGGAGCAUUUUUCGCAGGAAAUUUCACAGCUGAAGAUGUGAAAAGCAAGGAAAGAGAAAUCCAUAGCUUUGAAGGGGCAACUGAUUAUCCAACUGUGAAUACUGAUACUCUUGGGAAAGUUGUGACUCUUGCUGAAGCUGCUAGACCUAAAUUAUAA